AUGCGGCCGGUGAUGAGCGCCAAUCGGUCUGCUCCACGCUCGAUUAUACGGCGGCGCCGCACCUCUUUACUUCCUCCGGUGGCUGCGACCGUCGCCAUGGAUUUUGCGAUGGCUGAAUCGAAGAGAAGGCGUCGUGUAGAACUCAGUAGAAUUCACAUAAGAUGUCUACAGGAACUUGAUGAAAUCCGGAACUAUAGUAUUCAAUAUGCCAUGGCACCCUACAACGUGCACAAUGAACAACAUCGGAAGUCUCUUCGUACCCAUAACCGCAGAUAUUGUUGGGAUUCCUUUCUCAAGCGCAAAUUGAACCUAAGCCUCAUUUCACAUAAGAUGUUUACACUCCAAACUUUGUAA